CGCGUACGAGAGUAGCAAACAGCUGAGCCUGGCUACUUAGUCCUACAGACUGCAGCUCUGUGCGGUACGUGUACCUGUACCUGCGCUGCACGAAGAGGCAUCAUUCAACACCAAACCGGUACCCCACAAGCAGGACUGCUCCCGCAGGCUUGUGUCUGUGAUGGAAUUCAAGUAACCGCAGCUCUAAACACAGUUCUCUAUCUGAACGAUUCAAACAACCCAAGAAACCCAGAGCAAGUGAUCAUCACAGUGCCAAUGCUGGAGCCUAGCGGGUUUGCUAAAAUGACAAAACGCACCACUUUGUUUAUCCGGAUCGUUGAAGGGAAGAAUUUACCUGUGAAGGAUAUCACUGGCAGCAGCGAUCCUUACUGUGUGGUCCGCAUUGACAAUGAAGCCAUUAUAAGGACCGCCACUAUCUGGAAGACCCUGUCCCCAUUCUGGGGAGAAGAAUACAAUGUGCACCUGCCGCCCACCUUCCACACGCUCUCCUUCCAUGUGCUGGAUGAGGACUCGCUCAGCCGUGAUGAUGUCAUUGGGAAGGUAUCCAUCACCAAAGAAGUCCUGGCCACCAAGCCUCAAGGCUUUGAUGGGUGGAUGAGCCUGACGGAGGUGGACCCUGAUGAGGAGGUGCAGGGAGAGAUUCACCUACAGAUCUCCAUUCAGACCAGGAGGCUGCGCUGCCACGUCUUCGAAGCCAGAGAUCUGGCACGGAAGGAUCGCAAUGGAGCCUCUGAUCCCUUUGUGAGAGUCCGUUACAAUGGCAAAACACACGAGAGCACAGUGGUGAAGAGGUCAUGCUAUCCACGCUGGAACGAGAGCUUCGAGUUUGAGCUGGAUGAGUCUCUGUGUGAGAACACUCUGAGUGUGGAGGUGUGGGACUGGGACCUGGUCAGCAGGAACGACUUCCUGGGAAAGGUCAUGUUCAACAUCAGUAAGCUGCACAGUGUGCAACAGGAAGAGGGCUGGUUCCGACUGGACCCUGACAAGAGCAAGAGCAGCGAGUACGAGGGUAACCUGGGGUCCCUCCGCUUGCAGCUGAGACUCCGAGACGAGCGCGUGCUCCCCUCCAGUCACUACCGCCCCCUCACUGAGCUGCUGUGCCAGGCUGUGAGCACCAACCUGAAUGGCAACCAGCCGGACCUGCUCAUGCUGAUCGACGAAACCACCACGGCUGAGAGCCGACAGGAAGUGGCCACUAACCUAGUGAAGCUCUUCCUGGGGCACGGCUUAGCCAAAGAGUUCCUGGAUGUUCUUUUCAAACUGGAGCUGGAGAAAACCAGUGAAUCAAACACCUUAUUUCGAAGCAAUUCAUUAGCCUCAAAGUCCAUGGAAUCAUUUUUAAAGGUUGCAGGAAUGCAGUAUCUGCACAGAGUUCUGGGGCCAACUGUGAACCGCGUCUUCGAUGAGAAGAAGUAUGUUGAGCUGGACCCCAGCAAAGUGGAAAUCAAGGAGGCCGGCUGUACAGGGCUGCACCGGAUUCAGACGGAGGCUGAGGUGAUUCAGCAGAGCACUCAGCACCUGCAGUCCUACCUGACCGAGCUGCUGCACUCCAUCGUCAAGUCCGUGAGUCACUGCCCCCCCCUGCUGCGCAUGGCCUUCCGGCAGCUGUGCGAGAGAGUGCAGGAGAGAUUCCCAGAGAGGGAGUACCGGAAAGUGAAGUUCAUUGCAGUGACCAGUUUCCUCUGCCUGCGCUUCUUCUCCCCUGCGAUCAUGUCUCCCAAACUCUUCCACCUGAGAGAGAAGCACCCUGACGCACGCACCAGCCGCACCCUGCUGCUCCUAGCCAAGGCAGUUCAGAGCAUUGGGAACCUGGAUACCCUGGCAGUGAGGUCCAAGGAGCCCUGGAUGGGGCCCCUGCAGCCUGCCAUCCAGCAAGGCAUCGCCCAGCUCAAAGAGUUCAUCACCCAACUCAUCAGCUUCGAAGAUAAGGAAGAGCUGGGUGAGGAGAGGCUCAGUCUGCAGCCAGCCGGCACACUCAAAGAGGGGUUCCUCUUCCUUCACAAGACCAGAGACAAGUGCAUGCUCAUGGCAUCCCCUUUCAAGAAAUACCACGUCACCCUGCGCAGCAACAUCCUGUCCUACGCCAAGACCCCCAACUCCAAGAAGAGCUCGUUCGUCUCUCUGCAGAAGGUCCGGGCUGUGGAGAAGGUGGAGGAGAAGAGCUUUGGCAGCUCCCACGUCAUGCAGAUCAUUUGGAGCGAGGAGAUGGAGCAGAUUGAAAUCCUCUACCUGCAGUGCAAGAGUGUGAAUGAGCUGAACCAGUGGCUCUCUGCUUUGCGCAAGUCCUGCAUCCACAACACAGAGACCCUCAAUUCAUAUCACCCGGGCGUCUUCAAAGGAGACAGGUGGAGCUGCUGCCACCAAAAGGAGAAAACAGCUGCAGGUUGUGAUAAAACCCGACACGGAGUGACCCUGCAGGAGUGGAAUGACCCCCUGGAUCCGGAUCUGGAGUCCCAGUUGAUUUUCAGACACCUGCUGGGAGUCAGGGAGGCAAUGAGGGACAAAUACCUGGAAGUGGUGAAGCUGGAGAAAGAUAAAGAUUCAUUCCAGAGCCAUGAAAAAGAUUCAGAGCUGAAGGAUGCAGCAAGCAAGCUCUUCCAGCUUCUUCGAGACCUGCAAGAUAUUCACGAAGACCUGGAGCGCUCGGAGAAACAGAAAAAUACAAACUGCCUCCUGGAAUUGCAGACGUAAACCACAGCAUGCCUUUGUUUUGUUUGUGGUUUUUCAAGGCAUUAUUUUAGACACCUAAAGACCUCCAUUUUGUGCCAUGAGCAGCAUUGGCACAAUCAAACAUGUUCUUGUCUGAAUAGAAAUACCACAGAUAAACCAGUAGGUUCGCGUGGGAGAGGUGCCAAACAGCUUCCCCCAGGCCUCUGAAUGGGCAUCAUGUCUUGGAUUACAGGAAGGGAUAUAUGAAGUAAGAAAUGGCAAAUAAAUGACUUGCUUGUGGGUUGUUAUGGGCAAAUAUAAUAGACACCAAAAAUGACUGUGUUUAUUAUAAAAUUCAAUGGGAAUAUAUAUAAAACCUCUAGAUAUUCAAAUGAAUGUUAUUGUAUUGCACUGUAUUCUGAAUCUGUAAAUCAAGUUUAGGAUGGUCCACUUUGCAAAUAAAGAGCUGCCGUGCUUUGUAUAAUCCUUCAGCAGCUCCCCUGAGAGAUGCAUGUUAUCUUUCCCCAUGUGAGGAUGGUGUUGUCUGUUUCCAAACAAACAUAAUAAGGCGUCUUGCCAAUAUGGGUUGCAAAGGAGUGUCUGCCACUGCACUGGUAAGAAUGGGGCCAGCAUAACACAAGACAAAUACAUAUUGCAAUGGAGCUCCUCCUAGUGGCUGAUGAGUUAAUAACACUGACAGCAGCUUAAGAUACGUACGUCCCUCUCAGAUACAGAGCUUGCUCUUUAGUUGAAUAGUCAAGUGUAUCGUCUUUGAUUUGUGAUGUUGCCUCUCAGUUCAAUUUAAUGGGCUGAGAUGCAGAGCCAUGACAGUAGAGAUGAUGAAACCGGAUUGAGUUUGUAUCUGUUCUGAAUUCACAAUUCCAUUUAGAAGAGGAGUGAAUUUGGGUGAAAUUGUAACACAGUGCACCAGUAUACAUGAAAAGAGUAUAUUUACCUGUAAAUAUAAAUAAUAUUCACUUCUUUUUUAGACACUUGUAUCUGCUUGAAAAGCCAGGAAAAUGUUGCUCAAUAGUAGCAUAGCAAUUCUAGGAACACAAUAGCCACUGAUGUAUUCAGGCAAUAUACUGGCUCCAUUGCUUUUUAAAUAUUGCAAGUCUGUUAAUAUAGACAUUUUAGUCAGUAGUGUUGCACUAACAUUGCAGUUAAUCCAGAUUAAAAGGCAGAGGGCCUUAUAUUGAAGCAAGUGCCAAGGCAAAAUCACAUUUUCAAAUAGCAAAAAACAAUGUUGUGAAAUGAAGCUAGCCAAUGCUAAACGCUGUGCCGGGGCUGCUCCGAGCUGUCUCGUGCUGGUUUUAAAGCAGUCCAUUCUUGUUUCAUUGCGUUUGGAAAAUGCUCUCUGUGAAUGGUUUCCAUGUCUUCAUUAACACUUUUCUUCUAUCCUCAUGUAGGAGUUUAUAUAACAUCACAUUUUCCAUUCUCAAACUAAAAGCAUUCAACAGUAUGUAUUUGUGUGUUUAUAAAAUGUCAAUUUCUAUGUAUUGUGUAAUGUAGUUUUGUUGCUCUAUGUCUUGUUACACUACUUUUGUUUGGAAUAUGUACUUAAGUAUAUUCAGUACCGGCUCACAUUCUAGCAACAACAAAUGAUUUACAGCAAGACCAGGGCUGGGGAUUGUAUUGCCCAUGUCUCCUCUCUCAGACCCCUUACUUACUAAAUACCCUGGAAUCUCUGAAUAGAUAAUCGCCUCCUCUUUAAAAAUAGGCAAAGGAUUGUAACGAGCAAGACAUCUCACAAGUGGAAUGGUCCCCAGAAAUGUGCUCCUUUUCCUAGGAAAGUAGUACACGUGGGGAUGGGGAGUUUGUUGCUGGAUAACUUCACUCAGACUACCUGCUCAUUUAUAUAUAUAUAUAUAUAUAUAUAUAUAUAUAUAUAUAUAUAUAUAUAUAUGCAUGCAUGUGCGCUUUUGCACUUACCGUAGAAUAAUGCCCAGAAUCUCAUUCAGACUUGCUCAUUUUGUGUACUGCAUGAAUACAGCGCAAUAAGGAUGCGCAGUGCAGCAUGUUUUUGAAGUAAUCUAUUGAGGCUAUACCGCCACUUUACAAGGGGGCUCCAAUCAGACAGCAGAAAAACACAAAGGUAUUAAAAUGGCGAGUUAUGGUUACGGUAGUCGUAUAGCCCACUGUGUUUGAAUGCUUGAGAUUUCAUGGCGUCUAAUCACAGCCUAGUUUCCAUAGUAACAGUAGUUUGCUGUGUUUUCUCAGGCGGCGAUGUACUUUGAGAAUUCUGUUGGCAGCAGUCAUUAAGUCUAGGGUUAGCAAGGUAUAUAAACGUAUAAACUGCUUGUAAGUUAUUUUAUAUGGGCUACCAAUAAAUAAGGUCAUAUCACAUGUGGUGCAUGCUUUUUUUUUUGCACGCCCAAUUUUUCAGUUUUUUAUUUGUUAAAAAAGUUUGAAAUAUCCAAUAAAUUUUGUUCCACUUCAUGA